UGCGCAGUGAGAAGUGCAGGUAGUCCGCCAUUGCUGAAUGAUGAGCGACUGAAUUUGGCAUAUUGGCUGUCAACAAUAAAUUGCUUUGCGGGGACACGGACCUAAAAGGAGGGUCAAUUGAAAGCCACAUCGGCUGCUCCGUAAAUAGUAUAAGCCCCUGUCCCUUUUCGAAGAACACUUUCAUGUAAAUAAGGAGUAUAGUGACGAAGUUACCAUGUCCACUCUCAGCAAAGGCGGUCCCAAGAAGGAUACCAAGAUGAGGAUACGGGCCUUUCCUAUGACCAUGGACGAGAAAUAUGUCAACAACAUCUGGGACCUUCUGAAGAACGCCAUCCAGGAGAUCCAGAGGAAGAACAACAGUGGACUGAGCUUCGAGGAGCUGUACAGGAACGCUUACACCAUGGUGCUCCACAAGCAUGGGGAGAAGCUCUACACGGGCCUGCGGGAGGUGGUGACGGAGCAUCUCAUCAACAAAGUACGGGAAGAUGUCCUCAACUCUCUGAACAAUAACUUCCUCCAGACCUUAAACCAGGCCUGGAAUGACCAUCAGACUGCCAUGGUUAUGAUCAGGGACAUACUCAUGUACAUGGACCGAGUGUACGUGCAGCAGAACAACGUAGAGAACGUGUACAACCUGGGCCUCAUCAUCUUCAGGGACCAGGUGGUGCGCUACGGCUGCAUCCGAGACCACCUCCGGCAGACCCUGCUGGACAUGAUCGCCCGCGAGAGGAAGGGCGAGGUGGUCGACAGGGGCGCCAUCAGGAACGCCUGCCAGAUGUUAAUGAUCCUCGGGCUGGAGGGGCGGUCUGUAUACGAAGAAGACUUCGAGGCUCCGUUCCUAGAAAUGUCUGCAGAGUUUUUCCAGAUGGAGAGCCAGAAGUUCCUGGCGGAGAACAGCGCCAGUGUUUACAUUAAGAAGGUGGAGGCGCGGAUCAACGAGGAGAUCGAGCGAGUCAUGCACUGCCUGGACAAGACGACGGAGGAGCCCAUCGUCAAGGUGGUGGAGCGGGAGCUCAUCUCCAAACACAUGAAGACCAUCGUGGAGAUGGAGAACUCGGGCCUGGUCCACAUGCUGAAGAACGGCAAGACGGAAGACCUGGCGUGCAUGUAUAAGCUGUUCAGCAGGGUGCCUAAUGGACUGAAAACCAUGUGUGAGUGUAUGAGCUCCUACCUCAGAGAGCAGGGCAAGGCUCUGGUGUCGGAGGAAGGAGAGGGCAAGAAUCCUGUGGACUACAUCCAGGGCCUGCUGGAUCUGAAGACGCGCUUCGACCGCUUCCUCCAGGAGUCGUUCAACAACGACAGGCUCUUCAAACAAACCAUCGCUGGGGACUUUGAGUACUUCCUCAACCUGAACUCCCGCUCGCCCGAGUACCUGUCCCUCUUCAUCGACGACAAGCUGAAGAAGGGAGUGAAAGGGCUGACGGAACAGGAGGUGGAGUCCAUCCUGGACAAGGCCAUGGUGCUGUUCCGCUUCAUGCAGGAGAAGGACGUGUUUGAGAGGUACUACAAGCAGCACCUGGCCCGCCGGCUGCUCACCAACAAGAGCGUCUCGGACGACUCUGAGAAGAACAUGAUCUCCAAGCUCAAGACGGAGUGCGGCUGUCAGUUCACCUCCAAGCUGGAGGGCAUGUUCCGGGACAUGAGCAUCUCCAACACCACCAUGGACGAGUUCAGGCAACAUUUACAGACUACAGGGGUGUCGUUGGGAGGAGUGGACCUGACAGUGCGGGUGCUGACCACGGGGUAUUGGCCAACGCAGUCUGCGACGCCAAAGUGCAGUAUCCCCCCGUCGCCGCGACACGCGUUCGAAGUCUUCAGAAGGUUCUACCUUGCCAAGCACAGCGGCAGACAACUCACCCUGCAGCAUCACAUGGGCUCUGCGGACCUCAACGCCACCUUCCAUGGACCAAUCAAAAAGGAGGACGGGUCAGAGGUCGGCGUGGGAGGAGCCCAGGUGACUGGCUCCAACACCAGGAAGCACAUCUUACAGGUGUCCACCUUUCAGAUGACUAUCCUCAUGCUGUUCAACAACCGAGACAAGUCCACGUUUGAGGAGAUCCAGCAGGAGACGGACAUCCCCGAGAGGGAGCUGGUGCGGGCGCUGCAGUCGCUGGCCUGCGGGAAGCCCACCCAGAGGGUGCUCACCAAGGAGCCCAAGUCCAAAGAGAUCGAGAACGGCCACGCGUUUACAGUCAACGACCAGUUCACCUCCAAACUUCACAGAGUCAAGAUCCAGACAGUGGCGGCUAAACAGGGGGAGUCAGACCCUGAGCGGAAGGAGACGCGGCAGAAAGUGGACGACGACAGGAAACACGAGAUAGAAGCCGCCAUCGUCCGUAUCAUGAAGUCAAGAAAGAAGAUGCAGCACAACGUACUGGUAGCAGAGGUCACGCAACAGUUGCGAUCACGAUUCCUCCCUAGUCCUGUAGUCAUCAAGAAGCGCAUUGAAGGACUGAUUGAGAGGGAAUAUUUAGCACGAACGCCGGAGGACCGCAAAGUAUAUACCUAUGUAGCAUAAAAAUAAUCAACUGACAAGUCAAGAGAAACUGAGAGCCUUUUCUUUUCUGUGGACUGCUAUGUGGUUGAAUGAACUCGAAAAAGAGCUUUCAUCAUUGAUUCUGGGAAACACUGAGAAGCUGUUUUAUUUUUAUUUGUUUUUUUUUCUCUUCCAUUAAAUGUGUAAGCAAAACUAAAACCAAUCAACAGACCUGACAACUUUCCAACAAUAGUUUGAUGCUAUUGGCACAGAGAGUUGAAGUUUGAGGUGAAAAAGUUGAGUUACCGUCAUGUUUCUAAUGUGGCCUUUUGAGACAAUUGGUUCAGUGGGUCUGCCACUUAAUCUACUGUUCUGUUGAUGGAAGAGGAACAGGCAGAGUGAAUAUAAGAGAUGUUGUGGAGGAAGGGGGCUUUUGUGGAGGCUGUGAAAAUAUAUAAAUUUCCCACCCAACCCACAUUUUAAAUGUUGAUGUUAGAUGUGUUACAUUUGUGUUUUGUGGCACCACGAUGGCUUUAGCAGGUUAUCGACACGUUUUCACAUUCUCCUUGGGGUUUUAUUAAAUUCAAGGAGAAACGUUGCACACCCGUACAGACCUGUGUUAUAAUAGCAUUGCAAUACAAUGUUGACUACUUCCAAGGAGAUAGCUCAAUUCAAUUAGACUUUCCCAGUGAUUUGUCUGUUUUUUUUUUCUUUGUUCCUUUUUCCGUUUCUGGCUUAACAGAUUGUACCUCAUGCAAGUCCAAUAUUUUAUGCCAAAUUCCAAUCCAAAUUCUUGCAACUUGUGUUGGUAGUGAGAGCUGUAGGUAUAUGGCAUGCAUUCUAUCAUACUGGGUCAAUGGGGCUGGGGCUGCUAAUGACCUAAUGCCCUAUAAGUGGUGUAUGGUCUCCAAUAACACCUCCUCUGCUGGAAUAAUGGCUCCACAAUGGCCCAGAAGAUUCUCCUGUCUGGAAUGUCCCCCACUUUAAAGAAUUCAAAUGGAACUUAUUUUUGCCAUUCUGAGCUGCAUUUGGAACGGAUGGAACGGAUGUUUUAAUGUGUACAAAUUGUAAAAUAAUUGUUGUACUCACUGCAAAGGUGGAGUGUACAGGGCCUUGUUUUCAUCAUAUUAAAUGUAGAAUUAAUGAA